AAAGAAAGAGAGGCUUAGCAAUAUUAGCAAAAGCCACCAUUUUCUUAGCAUUUGCCGAAAUCACACUUCCCUGAGCUUUAGCCCAAAAUGGCAGCGGCAGCUUCCACUUCCAUGGCGGCCACCCCUAUCUUGCUCCACCGCCUCCCCGCCGCCAGACCUGCCGCCGUCUUCUGCUCCUUGCCCCAACGUCCUACCCUUUCCGCCACUCCCUUCAAGCUACUCAAUGAGUCUAGGAGGUCUUCCCAGCUCCUCGUCAAGGCAUCUUCAUCAGAGGAGAGCUCUCUUGAUACCAAUGAAUUGUUCAAUGACCUCAAAGAAAAGUGGGAUGCUGUUGAAAACAAAACUACUGUGAUUCUGUAUGGUGGUGGAUCAAUUGUUGCAAUUUGGUUAACUUCCACAGUUGUUGGGGCAAUUAACAGGGUUCCAUUGCUUCCCAAGAUCAUGGAGUUGGUCGGGCUUGGAUACACCGUGUGGUUUGUGUACCGUUACCUGCUCUUCAAGAGAAGUAGAAAGGAACUGUCAGAAGAGAUAGAAUCAAUAAAAAAGAAGCUUGCUGGAACUGAAUAGAAGCUUGCAGUGUUUAUUACAUUCAUCUCAGCCUCAGACCAGUGACAUCUUAAUAUAUAUAUAUAUAUAUGCAUAAUAUAUGCUGUAUCAGAGAGAUCUGGUGUUGUAAUAUAGAAUAGGACAUAUGUAUGCAUUUUUCCCUUCAUCAUAUUCUAAUGAAUGGCUUCCUUUUUUUUA